ACUGUCCGUGAAUGUUUUACUCGAAGACUUGAACUCCACGCUAGUCACAGAGAUCAACUUAACGGUUUCUAAUUUUGACACGUGAGAAAAAACACACAAACGCCUCCUCCUAGGGUUGUGUGAUCUGAAGGAAAUAAAAAACAGCAGGACGUUGUAUUACAUAAAUAAGAAACGACGUGUUUUUUUUAAGUUUUCCUUUUUUUUUUGGUUUGUUUAGCGUUGACCAAUCUUGACCAUCCCCAUAAAAUAAGCGUGUUCGUGUUGCCACGGUCUCUUUCUCUAUCUCUGCCCUCAUCAGUCACUCUGUUCUCUUCUAUUCUCUUCUCUGAUUUGCUUCUGUAAAAGCAAGGUCUCUAGAAACUUCAUCUUCUUUCAAUAUUUUUCUCGUUUCUUUUGCAUAAAAAAUUGAUUACUGAUGAUGACGAGCGACGGAUUCUGGCGCGGCGGCGACCGAGUUGAGGUGGAACGAAUCGUUUCCGGCGCGACGGCGUACUUUCCAGCGACUGUGGUCAGCGCGCCUUCGGUAAGAAAGAAUCACGUUUUGGUGGAGCACGAAGCCUUAACUGUCGGAGGUUCCGUACGUAUGAAGGAGUACGUUACUCCCACGCGCCUUCGCCCAUCUCCGCCGCGUGAACUCAACCGACGGUUCAAAGCUAAAGAUGAGGUUGACGUCUUUAGAGACACCGAGGGUUGCUGGGUUAGAGGCAAUGUCACGACCGUACUUGGUGAUUCAAGGUACAUUGUGGAGUUUAAAGGGGGAAAUCGUCCAGAGAUAGAGGUUGAUCAGCUCGACAUGAGGCUGCACCGUGAAUGGCAAGAUGGUUCAUGGGUUCCCUCUCUCCAACAGAGCAAUGUUAUGGAAUCGACGCCACAACGUAUUAAACUGAAGAUAAAAAUCAAGAAAAGAGAGAAUCAAUAUGAGAAGGGAGCUCUAGUGGAAGUCAGAAGUGAAGAAGAAGUUUACAAGGGUUCUUGGUAUUGUGCACGUAUACUUUGUUCAUUAGGUGACGAUAAGUACAUUGUUGAGCACUUGAAAUUUAGUAGAGAUGACGGUGAGUCGCUCCCAUUGAGAGAUGUUGUAGAAGCACAGAACAUGAGACCAGUUCCUCCUCCAGAAGUUUCUCCUGUUGUGUGCUAUGAGCCAGAGGAUGAAGUUGAUGUUUGGUUUAAGAAACGGUGGUGGAUUGGUCGUGUUUCCAAUGUUCUCGGAGGAGGUUGCAAGUAUACUGUUUUCAUCUCAAGAGGUGAAGAACCGACAGUCCUAAAUUUCAACUUAAGGCCCCACAAAGAUUGGAUCAAUGGAGAAUGGAGUAAUCCUUCUAAAUCAAAGGGAGAAUGUAACAGACCUCCAUUUAAGAAGCUGAAAUCCUGUGAGAGAGCAGAGAUGGUGUUUAAAAAUGGAAUGAUGGUGGAAGUUAGAAGCGAUGAACCAGGUUACGAAGGCUCAUGGUUCUCUGCGAAGGUCAUAAGUUACUUAGGGGAAAACAGAUACACAGUGGAGUAUCAAACACUGAAAACAGAUGAUGAAGGAGAGUUGUUGAAGGAAGAAGCAAGAGGUUCAGAUUUAAGACCUAUUCCUCCUCCGCUGAUUCCAAAGGCAUAUCGAUAUGAAUUGCAUGAAGAUGUGGAUGCUUGGUACAAUGAAGGAUGGUGGUCUGGUCAAGUCUAUACGAUAAAUUACAACCACACGAGAUACGGUGUCUACUUCAAGACGAAUAAUGAGAGAUUGGAGUUUGCUUGCAAUGAUCUAAGGCCUUGCCAAGUGUGGAGAAACGGAAAGUGGAGUCGUGCUUAAAGAAAAGAAUAAGUUGACUGACUUCAGUUACAGCUGUUGAUUAAGAAGAUGAGAAAACUAAGUUGUUUAUAAGCAGUAGCACUGUUUUGUUGUUUAUAUAACAAUUAUGAAGUUGGUUGAUGUCGUUAAUUGUAUAACUUCUAGUGAGAGAGGUCACGUGUUAAAUUUUCUCUUAGUUCUGUGUUUUGUAGUGAGCUUUUAACAAUGUUUUUCAAUUCCAUUUUUAUUGAAAUUCUGGGAUAUAACUUCCAUUGGAAGUGAUG